AUGGACAACCAAAGAAGGAAGGAAGGAUCAUUUACUUCCUGGCUGCUUAUUCUUUGUGUGUUUGCUUUGAGGGAAUAUGAGAUAGAGGGACUCAGUACCAGCAGAGCAUGGGAACAUACCCAUAUGGAAAAAAGUCUGGGAAAACCCCCAGCCCUACAAACUCACCACAAGCAUGAAAUACAGUUUACUGCUCUGGGGAAAACUUCUCUCUUGGACUAUACCAUAUUUCAUGCUAUUGAUGAUGUGAAUGUGUGCAGCUAUGACAAGCAGAAUAAGCAACUUGUGUUCAAAGAAUCCUGGAUGUCUCUGGCAUUAGGGGAAGAAUUUAUUAAGCAUCAGACAAAAGCGAUUUCAGAAAGUGAAAUGUAUUUCCAAUUGGCUCUCAAAUUAUUUUCAUGGAAUGACAUCAAGAGUGUAGAGAAUCAUACAAUACAGGUGUUGGCAGAAUGUGAACUGGAUAGGGACAUCAAGUUAAAGAGUCAAGUCCAUGUUGCCAUAAAUGGAGAAGAUUUCUUCCAGGUAGAUGAUCAAGUUGGCCACUGGGUUUUCAUGAAGCCUGUGUCAAAGCAGCUCAUAUCCUUUGCAGAAAGUCAUUACUGGGCAGAUCUGAGGAAACGCACCAUGAACCAACAUUGUGUCAACAUGAUGAGGACAAUCCUGCAGUACUCAAGUGUAAAAGACAAUGUACCUCCUGAGGUGACUGUGUCCCGACAUGAUGCUCUGAAUGGCAAUGAGACUCUCUCCUGCUUGGCCACAGGCUUCUACCCCCGCCCCAUCCUGCUGCACUGGGAGAAAAAUGGCCAGCUUGGGACGUGGGGGCAAGAGAGGUCCAGUGGCACUCUGCCCAAUGCUGAUGCCACCUUCUACCUUCAAGUCACCCUAGAGAUCCCUCUGAAUGACACAGAUACAAACUAUACAUGUAUGGUAGAGCACAGUGCCUUGGAGAUGCCAGUUAUAUACCCUGUUCCUGCGAAGCCUCUCCCUACAGAGAAGCCUUGGUCCAAGGCCUUGGGCAUCCUGCUAGCUUUCAUCCUAUUACUGACCUGUGUUGGGGCCUUCAUCAUAUGGAAGAAGAAGACAGAAACAUAUUGUCUUCCUCUUCUUUCAUGUUAUGAAGAUUUUAGCAUAGCUCAGCACCAAGAAAAAGACUGCCAGGAUGCUCAGGGUGACAGUCCAAGGACUUUCCAGCAACUGCAGAAAAUGACCCAACAAAUCAAUCAGUGUGAAGGAAGACAAUUUUUGUCAUGGGGAUUGGGAGGACAGGGUCUGGGAAUCACCAAUACCUGUUUGAGCGUGGAUGAGGAAUAG